AUGGAUGACACCGUUCCCGAUACGCCUGUGAGUGACAAGAAGAUCAUUCACAGCACUCCUCCGCCCGCCGACGCAGAAUAUGAGACGGUUGCCACCGUGCCGCUGGGAAACCUCCACCAUCCCCCGACCACCCAAUUGACCCCGGCUUCUCAGCGACUAACGCAGCCCACUCAACUGAUCGAGCCCCCUCAUUCUGCGAAAAGUAACUCCAUCGUCCAGGUCGCUGCUUCCUCUCCUCCGGGCCCUACUUCGUCCCCCUCGCGACCGACCCCGGUCGGUGGUCGUCUUUCGAGCGUCAUGGCGCCCAACGGUACGCAGUUUCGUCCCCCUGUCUCCGCAGGUCCGGCCAAACGUGCGCCAGCGAUUGACCUCGAUGACGAUGUUCCGAUGUAUCGAGGUGGUUCCUCCGAUGACGAUGCUCAAAUGGUCAUGAACACGGACAUCAAACCCUCCACGUUUACCAAAUCUGCUCGAAUCUCGGAAGGUGGGAGCGAUCCCAUGAAUCGUUUCAAAGAGAUCACGGCGUCGGCAGUGUACAACCCUACGACCGCCAAACGCCCUGCGGCUCAAAUGGACCCUGCGCCCAAGGGGAUCCCGGUUAAGAAAAUCCGCCAGGACGGCCCCUCCCGCGCGCAGCCUGUGUCCUCGAACAUCGCAUCGCUACAAGAAAUCGAAGACUACCAGAUGAGAGUCAAAGUUGAACGAAUGCAGAAGGUGAUGCCGCAAAAGUCUGUGCAGGCUUGUCUGCAGGCCCUCGUUUUCAAGCGUGGGAAUUACGACGAUGCGUUAGAUCAUUUGGUCAAUAGCGAAGAAGUGGAUGCGCAUGGUUCGUCGGACGAUGAGUUAAGUACGAAUAAACACGCGUCGGCGCCGGUGAAGCAGCAGAUCAAAGCUCGUGGUACGAUCCAAGACAAAUGGGCUGCGAUGAACCUGCAAAAUCGGGGCAGCCAGAAAGCCGAGCCUUCCCAGGAGGAAUUGAAACCUCGAAGACGGUUAAUGAGAGGACCGAAAAGUCGGGCCACAUCUCCAAGCCCAGUUCGCUCGGAAUCGCCGCCGAAGAAGAAGCCUGGUCGACUGAUCCAGGGUCGCAAACGCGUCUCUCCUGAGCGCUCCGAAUCACCGGAGGCGCCCUUGGAGAUUUCCGACGAUUCCGACUCUGCAGUCGAGGACGGUCCCGAGGAAGGAGGACCGCUGGAAACCAAGGUGUUGAACUUCUUCAACAAGUGUCAGAUGCUUGACCUUGCAGACAUCGCCGCGAUCACCGAAGAUAUUGCCGAGCACAUCAUCUCCCAUCGACCAUUUGCGUCUCUUGACGAGGUGCGCGUGGUUCCUGCACCGACAGCCAACCAGCCCGCGAAGCCGAAAGGGAGUCGUGGGCGGAAGACACCCAAGCCGAUUGGUGACAAAAUUGUUGACAAAUGCUUGGACAUGUGGGUGGGGUACGAUGCCGUGGACUCUUUGGUCGCUCGGUGUGAAGCCUUAGGAAAACCGAUUGCGACCGAGAUGAAGAAAUGGGGCGUGGAUAUCUUCGGCAAGCGUGAUGGUGAACUAGAGCUGGUAUCGAUUGAUCCUGGGGCCUCCCACGAUUCCGGCAUUGGCACUCCCGCUAGUCAGCGCUCUGAGGAAGACAGCGAUGGCCCUGCCUCCGGAUCAUGCAAGGCGCGCUUCAUCUCGCAACCGGGAAUUAUGCGCGAAGACUUGAAGAUGAAAGAUUAUCAGAUCGUCGGCAUCAACUGGCUGUCGCUGCUUUUCGAAAAGGAGCUUAGCUGUAUUCUGGCGGAUGACAUGGGACUUGGAAAGACUUGCCAGGUUAUCGCAUUUUUAGCCCAUCUCUUUGAAAAGGGCAUUAAGGGCCCUCAUCUGGUUGUGGUUCCCUCCUCCACAAUCGAAAACUGGCUUAGAGAGUUCCAGAAAUUCUGUCCCACCCUCCAGGUCAUGCCCUACUAUGCCGGCCAGAAUGAGCGGGGAGUGAUUCGGGAGACAAUCGAGGAUAACAGGGACGACAUCAAUGUCAUCAUCACCACCUACACCAUCGCGAAGGGCAAGGUCGAUGCUCAUUUCCUUCGAAAUAUGAACUUCAGUGUCUGCGUCUACGAUGAAGGACACAUGCUGAAGAGCUCGACGUCUGUCCUGUAUGAAAAGUUGAUCAGGAUUCCGGCCCGCUUCAGGCUACUCCUGACGGGUACUCCCCUCCAGAACAACCUUCAGGAGCUCGCGUCCCUGCUGGGCUUCAUCCUGCCAAAGGUUUUCCACGAGCGCAAAGAGGAACUUCAAUAUAUCUUUGCGAACAAAGCGAAGACUGUCGACGACUCGCACUCUGCGCUCUUGUCUGCUCAACGCAUCGAACGGGCAAAGUCCAUGCUCAAGCCUUUUGUCCUGCGACGGAAGAAGCACCAAGUCAUCGAUCUUCCGCCAAAGGUUUCUCAUGUGGAGUAUUGCGAGCUCAAUGCCUCUCAGAAAGAAAUCUACGAGCACGAGCAGGAGGAGGUCCGCCAGCUUUUGGCUGACCGAGCAGCUGGCAAGAAGACCGGCAAUCGGUCUGCCAACAUUCUGAUGAAGCUGCGCCAGGCCGCUAUCCAUUCCCUUCUUUACCGACGUCAUUAUAAUGACACCACCCUGAGCAAAAUGUCCAAGGCAUGCCUCAAGGAAGAGCAAUGGUCUAUGUCCAACCCGGACAUCAUCUUCGACGAGCUGAAAGCUUACAACGACUUCGAAUGCCAUACCAUGUGCGUCACCUAUCCUAAAUCCUUAGGAAAGUUUGUUUUGAAGAACGACGAGUGGAUGGAUUCGGGCAAGGUUGAUAAGCUUUGCGAACUCCUUGCGCGAUUCAAAGAGAAGGGGGAUCGCACCUUGGUCUUCUCUCAAUUCACCAUGGUUAUGGAUAUCCUGGAACACGUGCUUGAACACCAACAAAUAGAGUUUGUCAGGAUUGACGGACGAACAAAUGUUGAAGAUCGCCAGUCAAUCAUCGACGCCUUCCAUGAACGGACAGAAAUUCCGGUCUUCCUUCUUUCGACCAAAGCCGGUGGCGCUGGUAUCAACCUGGCGUGUGCCAAUAAAGUGAUUAUCUUCGACUCCAGCUUCAAUCCCCAGGAGGACGUGCAAGCCGAGAACCGUGCCCACCGAGUGGGUCAAACUCAGGAGGUCGAGGUCAUUCGCCUAGUGACCAAGGAUACUAUUGAAGAGCAAAUCUAUUCCCUUGGUCAGACCAAACUUGCCCUCGACCAAGCAGUUGCCGGUGAAGAUGGCGCGGAGUCUAAGAAGACAGAGGAGGCUGGGAUGAAAGCCGUUGAAGACAUGGUCCUCGCGGACAUGAACCAAGACAAGAAAAGCACAUGA